AUGUUGACAACGUUGUCUUUGACCGCACUGGCAUUCUUGCCUUCGGUGAAUGCGCUUGUGAGGAAGGAUGGCGUGGGUCGAUUGCCGGCACUGGGAUGGAAUAGUUGGAAUGCCUUUGGUUGUGAUAUCGAUUCUACAAAGCUCAUGACUGCCGCCAACGAGAUUGUCAAUCUCGGUCUGAAAGAUCUUGGAUAUGAAUACGUCAAUAUUGAUGAUUGUUGGUCUGUCAAGAAUACGCGCAAUUCGACGACUCAGCGUAUCAUUCCCGACGCACAGAAAUUUCCGGAUGGAAUCUCUGGGGUCGCUGAUCAUGUGCAUCAGUUGGGGUUGAAGAUUGGCAUUUACAGUAGUGCUGGUGAGACUACUUGUGCGGGGUACCCUGCUAGUCUGGGACACGAGCAGGUUGAUGCAGAGGCUUUUGCCGAAUGGGGAAUUGACUACUUGAAGUAUGAUAACUGUGGUGUGCCAAGUAACUGGACAGACCAAUAUUCCGCCUGCGUCCCCGAUGGUACCAACGAACUGGCUAAUGGAACUUGUCCUGACCUUUCUAACCCGGCACCCGCUGGUUAUGACUGGACUCAGUCGAAGACCUACACUCGGUAUACUAGAAUGCGGGAUGCCCUUUUGGCGCAAAGUCGAACUAUCUUAUACUCCCUUUGUGAAUGGGGCCAGGCUGACGUGAAUACCUGGGGCAACGAGACUGGUAACUCGUGGCGCAUGUCGGGCGAUAUUACAGCAAAUUGGGCUCGUAUCGCUCAAAUCGCCAAUGAAAACACUUUCAAGAUGAACUAUGUUGGAUUUUGGGGCCAUCCGGAUCCUGACAUGCUUGAAGUUGGAAACGGAGACCUUACAGUGGAGGAGAAUCGUGCUCACUUUGCCUUGUGGGCCAUCAUGAAGUCUCCCCUGAUUAUCGGUACUGCACUUGACAGCAUCAGUGACACCAACCUAGCCAUUCUGAAGAACAAGUACCUGAUCGAUUUCAACCAAGAUCCUAUCGUGGGCCGCUCAGCCCACCCCUACAAGUGGGGAUAUAAUCCCGAUUGGACAUUUGACCCAGGUCACCCCGCCGAAUACUGGUCCGGUCCUUCCUCGACGUUGAAGGGUACUUUGGUGCUGAUGUUGAAUUCGGAGAACACCACUUCUACUCGUACCGCGGUGUGGAAAGAGGUCCCCGAAUUGAAACAUCAUAAUGCGUACCGCGUUAUUGAUGCCUGGAGUGGAAAGGAUCUUGGCUGUGUGAGGAAUCAUUAUGGUGCUUCGUUGGCGAGUCAUGACGUUGCUGUGCUUGUGGUCAAGGGGGUCUGUUAA